GUGAAGAGCUCUGCGCCAGGAAAAGUUUAUCCCCUACUCUUAGAAUCGAGCAAAAGGACGGAAAAACCUCAGAGAUGGCAACCCAGGCGGAGCAGCUGCCCCUGCUGCAGCUAGCGGAGCUCACCGCGGCGCAGUUCAUCGACAUCUGGAAGCACUUUGAUACGGACGGGAAUGGCUACAUUGAAGGGAAAGAGCUGGAGAAUUUCUUCACACAGCUGGAGUCUGCAAGACGAGGAGCCGGUGUGGAUCCUUCACAUGCAUCCUUCAAGGAGAAGAUGAGGGAGUUCAUGGCCAACUUUGAUAAGAACUCCGAUGGAAGGAUUGAAAUGUCAGAGCUGGCUCAGAUUCUGCCCACAGAAGAAAACUUCCUGCUGUGUUUCAGGGAGUUUGUUGGAUCCAGUGCUGAAUUCAUGAAUGCCUGGAGAAAAUAUGACACUGACCGCAGUGGAUAUAUCGAGUCAAAUGAACUAAAGGGCUUUCUGUCCGACCUGCUGAAGAAGGCCAACAGGAUCUACGAUGACAAAAGACUCACUGAAUAUACACAAACCAUUCUGAGGAUGUUUGAUCUUAAUGGUGACGGAAAGCUGGGCCUUUCUGAAAUGGCGAGGCUUUUGCCAGUUCAGGAGAAUUUCCUGCUCAAAUUUCAGGGCAUCAGACUUACCGUUAAGGAGUUCGAUUCCCUUUUCACUUUCUAUGAUAAGGAUGGCAACGGCUACAUUGAUGAGCAGGAGCUGGAUGCCCUGCUGAAGGACCUCUGUGACAAGAACAAAAUGGAUGUGGACGCCACCGGCUUGGUGGAUUACAAGAAGAGCAUCAUGGCUCUGUCUGAUGGAGGGAAACUGUACCGCACUGAAAUGGAGAUCGUCCUCUGCAGGGACUCCAUGCUGUGACCUCCCCAUCUGUGGACCGGUAUUCUUCUAACGCCACCUCCCAACCUCCUGACGUUACCUGCUGCAUGUUAGCCCUGACCUUGCCACACCAUGUAGAUGUGUUCAUGAAAGCACAAAGUGUUCUGCUGGUUGAAGGCUCUUUACCUUAUUUAAUCUUUUCUUUAUUUUUGGUAACAGGCAGUUUGACUGCCACAGGUAGGAUUCUUUUGGUUUCCUGCUUUUAAAAUGCAUUUGUAUUUUUGAAUUUUUCAUUUGUGUUCCUGUCGUUGGGUUGAAGAUAAACGCUUUUACUUUUUGGCAUAUUUACUUUAUAUUUAUUGUUGUUUUUUUCUGUUCAAAGAAUGUGAGAGAAUGAAUAAAAAUAAGAGCUUUUACCCCCAUUGAUCCAUUCGCAUCAAAAAGACCCAAAAGUAUUUAAUAAAGUGCAGAUGCUGUGACA